AUGGAAGAAUCUGCUCCAGCUCCAUCUUCACCCAAAAAUCAAAAGACGGAAUCAGGUCGAGUUGAUGAGCAGCAACAGCAGCUUAUUGGUGCGGCAGAGCCGGUGGAAGAGAAGCCAACAGACGACGUCGAAACUUGGGAAGAUGGUGAUGAUGAUGAGGAGGAGGCCAGAAAUAAGCUACUGGCCGACAUUAAUUGCAGCUCGAGGAUCAUCAUAGUGGGUGUAGCUAAGCUAGCCAUGGAUUCAAUGUUCACUGCAUGCAUGCAUGCAUCCUUAAUAUCAUCGUUGUUUCGUUUUUGUUUCUUCUUCUGA